AAACCUGUCGAGUAACCGGCUCACCACACUCUCUUGGCAGCUCUUCCAGACGCUGAGUCUUCGGGAAUUGAGGUUGGAGCAGAACUUCUUCAACUGCAGCUGUGACAUCCGCUGGAUGCAGCUGUGGCAGGAGCAGGGGGAGGCCAAGCUGAACAGCCAGCACCUCUACUGCAUCAGCGCCGAGGGCUCCCAGCUGCCCCUGUUCCGCAUGAACAUCAGCCAGUGUGACAUCCCGGAGAUCAGUGUGAGCCACGUGAACCUGACCGUGCGGGAGGGCGACAACGCUGUCAUCACGUGCAAUGGCUCUGGCUCGCCCCUGCCCGAUGUGGAUUGGAUGGUCACCGGGCUGCAGUCCAUCAACACCCACCAGACAAACCUGAACUGGACCAACGUGCACGCCAUCAACCUGACGCUGGUCAACGUGACGAGCGAGGACAACGGCUUCUCCCUGACGUGCAUCGCAGAGAACGUGGUGGGCAUGAGCAACGCCAGCGUCGCCCUCACCGUCCACUACCCUCCGCGCGUGGUGAGCCUGGAGGAGCCCGAGCCGCGCCUGGAGCACUGCAUCGAGUUCAUGGUGCGCGGCAACCCGCCGCCAACCCUGCACUGGCUGCACAACGGGCAGCCCCUGCGCGAGUCCAAGAUCAUCCGCGUGGAGUUCUACCAGGAGGGCGAGGUGUCCGAGGGCUGCCUGCUCUUCAACAAGCCCACCCACUACAACAACGGCAACUACACCCUCAUCGCCAAGAACCCGCUGGGCACCGCCAACCAGACCAUCAACGGCCACUUCCUCAAGGAGCCCUUCCCAGAGAGCACGGAUAACUUUGUCUCCAUCUAUGAAGUGAGCCCCACACCGCCUAUCACUGUGACCCACAAGCCAGAGGAAGACACUUUUGGGGUGUCCAUCGCCGUCGGGCUCGCCGCCUUUGCCUGCGUGCUGCUGGUGGUUCUCUUUAUCAUGAUCAACAAGUACGGCCGACGGUCCAAAUUUGGCAUGAAGGGUCCCGUGGCUGUCAUCAGCGGGGAGGAGGACUCGGCCAGCCCGCUGCACCACAUCAACCACGGCAUCACCACGCCCUCGUCGCUGGACGCCGGGCCCGACACGGUGGUCAUCGGCAUGACCCGCAUCCCGGUCAUCGAGAACCCCCAGUACUUCCGUCAGGGGCACAACUGCCACAACCCCGACACAUACGUGCAGCACAUCAAGAGGCGCGACAUCGUGCUGAAGCGGGAACUGGGCGAGGGCGCCUUUGGGAAGGUCUUCCUGGCCGAGUGCUACAACCUCAGCCCGACCAAGGACAAGAUGCUGGUGGCCGUGAAGGCCCUGAAGGACCCCACCCUGGCCGCCCGGAAGGACUUCCAGAGGGAGGCGGAGCUGCUCACCAACCUGCAGCACGAGCACAUCGUCAAGUUCUAUGGCGUGUGCGGCGAUGGGGACCCGCUCAUCAUGGUGUUUGAGUACAUGAAGCACGGAGACCUGAACAAGUUCCUGCGGGCCCACGGGCCAGACGCCAUGAUCCUUGUGGACGGGCAGCCGCGCCAGGCGAAAGGCGAGCUGGGGCUCUCGCAGAUGCUGCACAUCGCCAGCCAGAUCGCCUCGGGCAUGGUCUACCUGGCCUCCCAGCACUUCGUGCACCGGGACCUGGCCACCCGGAACUGCCUGGUGGGGGCCAACCUGCUGGUGAAGAUCGGGGACUUCGGCAUGUCCCGGGACGUCUACAGCACCGACUACUACAGGCUCUUUAAUCCAUCUGGAAAUGAUUUUUGUAUAUGGUGUGAGGUCGGAGGUCACACCAUGCUCCCCAUCCGCUGGAUGCCCCCCGAGAGCAUCAUGUACCGGAAGUUCACCACGGAGAGCGAUGUGUGGAGCUUCGGGGUUAUCCUCUGGGAGAUCUUCACCUAUGGCAAGCAGCCCUGGUUCCAGCUCUCCAACACGGAGGUCAUUGAGUGCAUCACCCAAGGCCGCGUGUUGGAGCGGCCCCGAGUCUGCCCCAAAGAGGUAUACGACGUGAUGCUCGGCUGCUGGCAGCGGGAGCCGCAGCAGCGGCUCAACAUCAAGGAGAUCUACAAAAUCCUCCACGCGCUGGGGAAGGCCACCCCCAUCUACCUGGACAUCCUCGGGUAG